AUGGGCACCUGGCUGCUAACGUAUUUCUGGUGUUCUUCCUCGCAGAAGUUUCUGCUCCAUCGGCUGUUCUUUGUCGCAAUGUUGCCGGAAAACACAGAGAGCGGAGAAGUCAUAGCUUUCCACGAACAGCUUUUUCAGAGGAUUGCAAAGUUUCACCUGGGGGAACCGGUCUCUGGGGUUCUCCUCAUCUAUCCCAGCUGUGUUCUUCAUAUUCUUGAGUCAUCCAGUGGCACACUCUACCACAUCCUUAAGGAGCUAGCAGCUGCGGAAAACGAAGAGCCAGAGCCUUUCCUGCGUGACAUUAAGAUACUGGUGGUGUCUCACAACAUCCCGACCAAGCUCUUCACACAGUGGUACGCGACAGCGCUGGACGUGCCCGAAACCCUCGAAGACGUCACGCAGACCCAGACGACGGAGGAAGUGAUAACGGAGUGCCUGACCCUCAUCCUCAAACUGGGAGUUUAUCUCGCCACGCUUAAGGUGAGCGGGUUGCAAGGAGCAGGCCCAAUUGCGAACCUGAGUUCCCCAAAAAUGAGUAUA